GAUUAUAACCACCAAAAAACUUGUCCACCAUGAACCAGGAAAAUUACCACAAUGGUGGAGUUAAAAUUCACCUUUAUGAAGAUCCAUUAACAUUAAACAUUCAAACUCCAAAACCACCGAAUUCAGCUCCAUAUGAGAUUCCUUUCAUCAAUUCACCAGCAGUUAUUACCGCCAAUGGUACAACAACCAUGAUAGUUACCGAUGGUUGUGCCACUUUAGGACAGCGUAAAUCAUCGAUUCCUCGCUUACGGUCAUCCAAAUCAACUUCUGCCCUGAAUAACCAUUGCAAUAAUAAUUCAAUAAAAUCACCGGUCAACGGUUCAUCGACAACUAAUCUGGAUGAGAAUGAAAUUUAUCAAAUUGAACGCUUCUACUUGGCCCAUAAAACCUUUGUUUAUGUAUCUCGAUGUAUGGCCAACCUGUAUUUUACCAAAACUGAUUUAAUAAAUGAGGGAAGAGUUUCAUCUCCGCGUUCCCAUGAAUGGUCACUGGAGCGAACUGGUGUUCCCUUGAUUAUAUUUGAUAAGGGUGAAACUCGAGCUCGAGAUAAGCGCCAGUUAAAGAUUUGUCUCGCUGAAAGAGGAACUGGUUUUAAUUUGUGGGGCGAUGUCAUUGACAAUUUAACCGAUUACAAAGCUGUCCAUCCAUGUUUCCAUACACUCUAUUUAUCCUGUGAUCAUCGUCAAAUGGCUGGACUUUCAUUUGACUCAUCUGAAGCUGCAGCUGACUUUUUACGUAACAUUGAGGCGAUAACUUGUGACCCGUUAAACAUUGCCCUGUCUGCGCCUAAAAGGUUAAUCAAAAAAGACGUCAAACCAAAGUCUAAAAGUAAACGAGACUCCUACAGAUUACCUCGUAAAGAGGACAUUUCAUCUCCAUGUUUAUUUCAACAUGUAAUCAAUGUGGACACUAAAGAUUUUGAUCGUCUCUUUUCAAUUUCAUCUUUGGUUCCUCAUCGACUCAACCCGGAGCUUAGAUCACUUCAUUCACUUAACACAACCUCAUCUGUACCACCUCCUUUCCUCUCCUCACCAUCACCUGUUGCCUCGACAACUUCCAAUUCUUCCAUGACAACAACAUCUUCAGAAAAUUCUUCCAAUUUUUCCGUUUAACCGACAAAAAAUAAAAGACAAAGAAUAACCUUUCAGAUAAUAUCCAUACUGAUCCAUCAGUCUUGUCCAUCAAUAUUGGAAUCAAUUUCAACUUCUUGAACAAGUCAACCCUUCCAUCGUUGCUUGAUAUCUUUCAUAAUCAACUAAAUCACCCACAUUGACUGCAUUCAUUAUUUGACUUGUUGUCAAAGUGAUGAUUGAUUCUUUUCCUUUAUUUCUCAACUUCUACCUUCCUCAUUGGAUUGAUUUUAAUCAAGACUCCAUUUUUUGGUCCUCAACCGAGAGUAACUUAUUUUUGUUACAUCUUUCAUUUAUAACUUGUCAUUUCAUUUUCAUCCAACUUUUUAUUUGCUUUACAAAAAAAGACAUGAUCAAGAGUUUUAAGCCUUUAAUCAUCAUUGAUUGCUGAAGUGCUUUAGAAAUUAUUCCAAUCUUUUCAUAAAUGGUCUAAUUAUUAACUCUGUUUGAAUUGUUUUGUAUAUAUAGACAACUUUGAACAAUGUGCUGAUGAGUGAAGAUAAUUAUUGUAAGUGCCAAGUUCAAAAGAAAGAUAUGAAACAAAUCUCACAAAAGUAACUGAAGAUAACCAAUCAUUUAAAAUACAUUGAUACAAAAAAAGUAAAUUGUUGUUCAUCAUCAGUAUCAUCACUUCUCAAAACUUCAAUUGUCAUUAAUCCAAUUUCAUAAACAAUUCUACUUGAUCUACUCGACAAUUGUAAUACUUUGUACAUUACCUCCAAUAUAUUUCUAUAUAUUACAUUGA